AUGGGGGACUGUGCGGGGUUCAGCGGGCGGCUGAUGCGAGGGCCCUCUGGGCAGCCCCCGAGAUCGCCCCUCCUGCUCACUGUCCAGGCCGAAGGAGGGAGGUGCCAGCACAGCCCUGCUCCCUCCAGGCUCAGCACAGGCCGCCAAGCGACAUCUGUGGAAGUACCUGGGCGGCUUCUCCGCUUUGUGCAGGAGGAGACUGAGGCUGUGGAGGAGCCCAAGGCUGCCCACGGAGUCGUGGCAGAGCCCGGGCCCACUCUCCUCCCGGGCCCCCUCCCCAGCCAGGCUUGUGCCCAGCAGAGUGCCACGGUGGCCAACCCGGUGCCAGGCGCCAACCCAGACCUGCUUCCCCACUUCCUGCUGGAGCCUGAGGACGUGUACAUCGUCAAGAACAAGCCGGUGGAGCUGGUGUGCAAGGCCGUGCCCGCCACGCAGGUCUUCUUCAAGUGCAACGGGGAGUGGGUGCGGCAGGUGGACCACGUGAUCGAGCGCAGCACAGACGGGAGCAGCGGGCUGCCGGCCAUGGAAGUCCGCAUCAACGUCUCGCGGCAGCAGGUGGAGAAGGUGUUCGGGCUGGAAGAGUACUGGUGCCAGUGCGUGGCGUGGAGCUCCUCGGGCACCACCAAGAGCCAGAAGGCCUAUAUCCGUAUCGCCUAUUUGCGCAAGAACUUUGAACAGGAGCCGCUGGCCAAGGAGGUGUCCCUGGAGCAGGGCAUCGUGCUGCCCUGCCGCCCCCCAGAGGGCAUCCCCCCAGCCGAGGUGAGAGGGUCCGCCGCCGUCACCGUCUACGUGAACGGUGGGUGGUCGACGUGGACCGAGUGGUCCGUCUGCAGCGCCAGCUGUGGGCGCGGCUGGCAGAAACGGAGCCGGAGCUGCACCAACCCGGCGCCUCUCAACGGGGGCGCCUUCUGUGAGGGGCAGAAUGUCCAGAAAACAGCCUGCGCCACCCUGUGCCCAGUGGACGGCAGCUGGAGCCCGUGGAGCAAGUGGUCGGCCUGUGGGCUUGACUGCACCCACUGGCGGAGCCGCGAGUGCUCCGACCCUGCGCCCCGCAACGGAGGCGAGGAGUGCCAGGGGGCCGACCUGGACACUCGCAACUGCACCAGCGACCUCUGCGCACACACUGCUUCUGGCCCUGAGGAUGUGGCCCUCUACGUGGGCCUCAUCGCUGUGGCCGUGUGCCUCAUCCUGCUGCUGCUGGUCCUCGUCCUCGUCUACUGCCGGAAGAAGGAGGGUCUGGACUCAGACGUGGCUGACUCGUCCAUCCUCACCUCAGGCUUCCAGCCCGUCAGCAUCAAGCCCAGCAAAGCAGACAACCCGCACCUGCUCACCAUCCAGCCAGACCUCAGCACCACCACCACCACCUACCAGGGCAGCCUGUGUCCCCGGCAGGAUGGGCCCAGCCCCAAGUUCCAGCUCACCAACGGGCACCUGCUCAGCCCACUGGGCAGCGGCCCCCACACCCUGCGCCAUAGCUCGCCUGCCUCUGAGGCCGAGGAGUUCGCCCCCCGCCUCUCCACCCAGAGCUACUUCCGCUCGCUGCCCCGCGGCACCAGCAACAUGGCCUACGGGACCUUCAACUUCCUCGGGGGCCGGCUGAUGAUCCCUAACACAGGAAUCAGCCUCCUCAUCCCCCCGGAUGCCAUCCCCCGAGGGAAGAUCUAUGAGGUCUACCUCACGCUGCACAAGCCAGAGGACGUGAGGUUGCCCCUAGCCGGCUGUCAGACCCUGCUGAGUCCCAUCGUUAGCUGCGGGCCCCCCGGAGUCCUGCUCACGCGGCCCGUCAUCCUCGCCAUGGACCACUGCGGGGAGCCCAGCCCCGAGAGCUGGAGCCUGCGCUUGAAGAAGCAGUCCUGCGAGGGCAGCUGGGAGGACGUGCUGCACCUGGGUGAGGACUCGCCCUCCCACCUCUACUACUGCCAGCUGGAGGCCGGAGCCUGCUAUGUCUUCACCGAGCAGCUGGGCCGCUUUGCCCUGGUGGGAGAGGCCCUCAGCGUGGCCGCGGCCAAGCGCCUCAAGCUGCUCCUGUUUGCCCCCGUGGCCUGCACCUCCCUCGAGUAUGACAUCCGGGUCUACUGCCUGCACGACACCCACGACGCACUCAAGGAGGUGGUGCAGCUGGAGCAGCAGCUGGGCGGGCAGCUGAUCCAGGAGCCGCGGGUCCUGCUCUUCAAGGACAGCUACCACAACCUGCGGCUGUCCGUCCACGACGUGCCCAGCUCCCUGUGGAAGAGCAAGCUGCUCGUCAGCUACCAGGAAAUCCCCUUCUACCACAUCUGGAGCGGCACGCAGCCCUUCCUGCACUGCACCUUCACCUUGGAGCGGGUCAGCCCCAGCACCAGCGACCUGGCCUGCAAGGUGUGGGUGUGGCAGGUAGACGGUGACGGGCAGAGCUUCAACGUCAGCCUCAACAUCACCAAGGACACGAGAUUCGCCGAGCUGCUCGCCCUGGAGAGCGAAGGGGGGGUCCCAGCCCUGGUGGGCCCCAGUGCCUUCAAGAUCCCCUUCCUCAUUCGGCAGAAGAUCAUUACCAGUCUGGAUCCACCCUGUAGCCGGGGUGCUGACUGGCGGACUCUGGCCCAGAAACUCCACCUGGACAGGUGGGUGGAAGGACCCCCCGUCCGCCUGCCCUCCCUGCCCCAGCCUUGA